AUGGCUAUAAGGACUUGGCUGGUUAUAAGAAGCUGGUGUGCAGUCAAGGCAUCACUUGUUUGCACCCCACUAUGGCAUAAUUCAAAGAUCUUGAACUUAGGGGACUUGAGCUGCUGCCAGUACUGGAGGACUAAGAACGUCCAGUACUUACAUCAGGUGGUCAAUGGUGGACAAAUUCUGCCCCUGAUUGAGCUAAGGCAAAGGGCAAAUCUGGAUGGCCCCAGUGAGGCUCGGAUAGAAGGCGAAGUAUUUGUGAGGCCCGGUUAUUCCAUCGCAUUAACGUGUUCUGCUGAUUCUAAUCCACCUCCGGAAUUCCAAUGGAAAGUCAAUGACACAGACACAGGGGCAAAGACCAGCAAAUAUAGAGUUAGUAACGCGAAGACUGAGCACCAAGGGCUGUACACGUGUGUGGUGAGGAACCCCGCGACCCUCCGCACGGCUACCGCCGCCGUGUACGUCAAUGUGACUGCAGAAUUUGUACCACCUGGUGCGGAUUUACCGAUGAUCAUCGGCGUUACAGUGGCCACCGUGCUACUUCUGAUUCUUAUUGCAGCAGUGACUUAUCUCUUCAUCAUACACAAACGGCGCAAAAGCUCAAGUGACACGAGUUCAAUGAUGAAAGGCUCCUCCCGUAACGGUCAGGCUGACAAUGCAACACAAGCCAUGGAAGAGCACGAGCUCCAGUACACCGCCAUUCAGUUCUCUAACAGCACACCAAGAAAGCCUCAGAAGCCGGAGACAAUUUAUGAAAACCGGAGACCCCAGCCGCCGCCACCGUCGGACAAUGUCGUGUACUCUGACCUGAAGUUACGCUGAGGCGUGCACCAGGAUCAUCCGUCUUCUGCUCAGGAUGUUAGCCCCAACGGCUGCGCUGACCUCGGCACUGACACAAUGUGAACGCCCCAGUGUAGCUUUAGUCUGUACUUUCUGCCUGUCUGGUGCUGCCCCCUGGUGUCUAGGUGGAGAAUGGCAGCUACGUUCCUGAUCCUGACUUUACUGAUGUUUUAUUGACCUCUCAGUCUGGAUCUUACCUCCUAUGUCUCUUACUGCUCUAGUGGAGGUAGGUACAAGCUGCCUGCAAUGAACCAAGAGGAACUCGCCCUAAACGGAACGCAGCAGAAACUCAUCCCAACUGUGAAUUUUAUUUUUUUACCUUAAAGUGUUUGUACUGUGCUCGUCCAUGACUGCAGGAUAUUUGAUAUGUGCGGCAUCUAGAAGAAUCC